AUGUCUGAUUAUCAUUCAACACUUACCAUCUCGACUUCUGUUGAUACUCAACAUCAAGUUGCUUUUGAGGGCACUUCAGGCACCGCUGAAGGGUAUUGCGUACCUUCACCAUCGGAUGAGCUUUCCAACUCCAGUCACUCCAUUCUGUUAGAGUCUCCGCCUAUGGAUAUCCCUACCCCAACAACAAUUUCAUCAAAUACCCAAAAUAGUCACUCCGAAUCCAAUAUCUCUUCUCCAGAGGAAGACAACAUCGUGCAAAACCCCGAAUUCAUGUCUGAGCUCAAAGCAGAGUUAAACGGCAAGUCUAAGCUGUAUUAUCUUUUACUUAUGUGGGCACCCAGCGCUUCAAACACAGCCUCAACCCCCAGACUACGUUUCUCUACUCGCCUCAUGAACCACAAAUCAGAUCUCAAUGCCACAGGUGUCGGUCCUGUUAGUCCCAAAACAGGAUUCACUCCCUCUUCUCCUGGUCCGAAAAAGCGCGGAUUUUUUGGAAUCGAGGAAGCAAAUGACAUGCGACCCUCUAAGCGCCUCAUGACCCCCAAACCUUCCAUAAAAAUCCGACCCCCAUCCCAAGUCCGCUCUUUGGGUGGUGAGAAGCGCGGGACACAAUCCAUCAGGACAGGUAUCAACAAGUCUAUUGAAGGCCCUCAAAUCACGCUCCCCAGUCCUUUGUUUGCCAGUGCACCUAACCACAACACUUUGGAACAUAGCAACCCUGCUAAAAGUCCAAUCAACCAAAGCGACUCUGUUCCCACGCCGGAGCACCCCAUUUGUAACUGUCAUCAAAUCACGGAGAGUCUUCUCCUGGAAAUUCAAGGUCACCUCAACCGACUCGCGGGACUUUUAUCACAUUUCCAGGCGUGA